AAUACGCAAAAAAAAAUAUUGGACGAUACUGAGAAACGCCUUAACUUAUUGUUCGAUGCUUUAAAUAAUGAAGAAGUUUCUCCAGGUGUUACUGAAUUAUUACUAACUCUCGUUAGAGAUUUGGAAUCGCGUAAUUUUCCUAGUGCCAUCAACAAUCAGGUGCAGUUGAUGACCACUAAAAUGGAUGAAUGUGGGAAAUGGAUUGUCGGAAUUAAACAAUUGAUAAACGUUCUGAAAAAUCUUCAACCUCUUCAAUAA